GCCCGGCUUGUUACACUUUUGCAAAUUGAAGUGAAUAGUAAAAGGAGUUCAAUUUAGGAAUCACCAAAACAAAAAAAGCAAGGCAUGGUGGAAAAUUACAGCUUUAAAAUAAUUGCUCAGCUCUCAUAAAGUCGAAGUAAUGCAUGGAUUUAUGCUCAUGAAGCAGUUGAAGAUGGGGAACUUGGUGAUGAUGCUGAUGAUGUUAAUUUUAAUGGUGAAGAGAGAUUCUAAUGGUAAAGCUAGUAGGAAAAGGGGGUUAGUUUUCGAUUUGUGGGGUGAAGACAAGUAUGAAGAUGCCAUCAAAUUUUCUUUCUAUGAACCUACCAAAAAUUGUUAUGGAAAGAAACUUCAAUUGACAGUAGAGAGCACAAAUAGUGAAAGAAUCCAUCAAUGCCUUUACCUCCUCCUCCUGAACAAGUUGCUUUCAACUAUGGUUGUGAUGCAAAUCAUGAUAUCCCUCUUGCUACAGUUACUAGACCCACUAAGGAAUUGCAGAGGAAAGAUAGGGAGAUUGGCCAUGGAAGUUGAAUUUAACCGACAGUAGGAGGUAUAUCACAUAGAUUGAAUUGACACAUGUAGACUUUUACAAUUUUCACUCAUACGUUUUCAUUGGGACAUACAGCACAGGAAGUGAAGCAAAAUAGAGGCUUUAGCAAGAGAUUGGCCUCCAUUUGCCUCAAUUGUUCAUAAUGAUAUACUGAUUUAUCUAGAAAAGUCGAUGUACAUUGCCUUUUCAUCAUUCUUAGGAUUGGUUCUGUGCUUUUUCUGGAAUGUCACAGCUGCUACUGCUGCAUACAUCAAAGGGGAAGGAUGGAAGCCAGGCGGUAAUGAGACUUCUUUAGUGAAUACCUGUACAAUCCAAGAAGCAUCAUACUGGGGAAUUGGAUCUAGUCUUGCCAUCAUGGAGAUAGCUUGCAACAUCUUACAAGAACUAAAGAUCAACAACCAUCACAAUUUUGAACAUUAUUCAAUUGUCAGAAGAUUAGGAAGAUGCUCAUAUCUAUUUAUGGUGAAUGGAAGGGCAAACUCUUGGCAACGAAUAGAGAUCUUAUCUUGAAAAUUUUGUUGAUUGUGUUCACUGGUGCAUACUUGCCGGGACUAAAUGAUACAUGGAAUGAUAUUUUGUACGCAUAUUUGU